AUGACAAGAGGGGCCGCUUUUGAGGAUGAGAAGAAGCGUAUCAUUCAUAGUUGUUUCGCGAAAAAGGAUGAAGAUGGUCUCUUGCUCGAAUCCUAUAUAACCCACGUCCGCAUCACUGAGGAUUCAGCGCACCCCUCCAGCCCUUCCCCGCCAAACGGGCCACCAGAGAACAAGAAACCCCGUAUCAUCAUCAUAUCCGUUCGAAAGUCAGGUAGAGUCCGCAUACACAAGGCUCGAGAGAACAAUGAGGGGACUUACUCCAUCGGCAAAACUUGGAUGCUCGACGAUUUAAGCGCAAUUCAAUCAUUCGCCUCUUUUGUUCCGAGAACACCAGGAGAGCAGCAACAAAAGGAAUGGGCGGGAAAUGUAGGAUUCACGGUUACAAUUGGGAAGCCAUACUACUGGCAUGCUAGAACUUCUAAGGAAAAGGAGUUCUUCAUUGGGAGCUUGGUCAAGAUCUACAGGAAAUACACUAAUGGCAAAAUCCCCAACCUCAUUGGUUUUGACGACAAGGAGCGACAAAUGCUGGCAAGGCAUGGACAAUCGGCACAACCAGGACAGCCGGCGCAACCAGCGCAACCAGGUGGUCCUUCAAAUGGUCCACCACCAAGGGGACAGCCAGUACCACCAGGACAACCAGGCGGUCCUUCAAAUGGUCCACCACCAAGAGGACAGCCAACACAACCAGGCGGUUCCUCAAAUGCUCCACCGACAAGGCCCCCCCCCCCAGUUCCUUCAACAUCGGAUAGCCCUGUGCCUGCAUCGUUACAGCCUUCCUACAGAGGUCGUGAUCCCAGUCGCGAUGCGCCUCGGGAAGUCAAGAGGAAGCCUUCCGAAGAGCCCACACUUCGCACUCAAAAGAGCCAUGAGCAGAUGUCCCGGCCGUCAACUAGUUCUCGGCCAUCUACAGGACAAGGCAGACCGGCGCCAUCUCCCUUUGAUCUACAUAAAUCCCCUCCUCCGUCGCUCCUUUCUGGGCCACCGCUGGAACAGCAACCGCCGCCACGCGCAGCCGAGCGUAGCGCAGUAAACGCAAAACCCCCGAGUUCACAAUUAGAGCCGAGGGGAACAGAUAAUCUGACUGCUGCAACACAAGCCAGCGGCUAUGGCGGUAUUCCAGAGUCACUCCGCCCAUCUUCUGCCCCCAAACCCCCACCUCUAGCUACCCAGCAAGCCCCGAACAAGGCACCGGAAUUCAUGCGCAGCAACGAUGCGCUUCGUCCUACCACUUCUGGUUCUUCCAAUAACGAAGGUAGGGACACAGCCCCACGUCCCACACCCAGCUUUGGGCCAAAGUCGCCCCAACGUGGCGGCGGGGAGAAGGCAUUCACGUUUAAUCAGCCCUCUCUGCCUCAAGAGAAAAGUGUACCAGAUAGCUUGUUAGCUGGAGCUUCCGCACAGCCCCGGGAACCGUCUUCAUCACCAGCAAUUGAGGGACUGGCUUCAGAGCCUGCUGCUAUUAUGGCUGUCAAUCUGCCCUCUCCAGAGCCUAUUCAGCCUUCCAAUGAGAAGCCCAAAACUCCUAUCGAACCUGUUCCUACUGCGGAGCCCUCAUCUAAAGCUGCCCCAGAGCAGGUUGAAGAAUCCGGCGAAUUUGAGCCGCAUCGCCCGGGGCUGGGCCCUAUGGUGAAGAAAAAGGAAGUCAAAGAUAUUGCAGGCGCCUGGAAAAAGGCUGCAACUGCUUAUGCUGGUUUCAAGCCCAGAGUUGGUGGGGCUGGUGAGCGACUGCUGGCAGCCGCGAAGAAGUCACAGGCCGAGCUCGCGGGCCCUGAUGGCAUCACCAGCGUUGUUCCGGCGCCGUCCCUUUCCCGGUCGUUAACUGAUCCGCCGCAGAGUCCAGUGGCAACAAAGUCGGAACAAGAACUACAACUCCCCGCACCCGCACCCGCGCCCGCGCCUGCGCCUGCGCCUGCGCCCGUGCCCGUGCCCGCUGCAGAGUCGGAGACACCAACUGUCGAGAUUACGGAGCCAGCACCCGAGGAGAUCGCGGUUGCACCUGUCCCAACUCCCGAGGUCUCACGGGAGAACCUCUCUGAUGUUGUUAUAAAGGUUGAAGAUCGUUCAAGAUCACCAUCCCCGGCAACUCAAGGACGUCGUCGCAGGCGCCGUGAAGACCACACUAUGAAAUAUUGCCAGGCCCUUGGGAUUAAUCCUAGCAUUCUCGACGGACGUGGUAUUGACUUUGAUGAAAUUCUCACGGAUCUGGGCUGGAACGGACGGUUGGCCGAUGAACAGAAGAUUGAGGAUUUGGAAGCAGAUGUUCGCCGUGAAAUUGGCCGUGUCGAGGCCACCAGUUGGCUUGGCAACCUGGAACAACAGGAAGGAAAGGUGGAACAACUUGCGAGCUUGAUCGAUAGGACGAUUGAAGAGUGUGAUGAGCUAGAUGGUCUUUUAACCCUUUAUUCUCAUGAACUGAACACUCUUCACGAGGAUGUCGCCUAUAUUGAAGCUCAAGGUCAAGGUCUGCAGGUACAAACAGCAAAUCAGAAGCUUCUGCAAAAUGAGCUGCAAACCCUUCUAAAGACGCUUUCAAUAUCUUCAUCCGAGCUAGGACCGCUCAAGGAGGCCUCUUUGAGCAACCCCGAUGGAUUGAAGGAUACUGAAAGCGCUCUGUCGACGUUGUACAAAGCCAUGCUCACGAUCGAUUCUGAUAUUGGACAAAACAAGAAGCGUCAAGUCGAUGCAAGUGUCGGUGUCUAUGCUGAUACAGAAAUUGGCCAGAUGCGUGCGAUCAAGGAAAAGAAGGAAGAGUAUCGCUCUACUGCAACCAUGUUCCUUAACCGACUGCAGCAGUUCAUGGCCCUUGCCUUUAAAAUGGCAGAACAAAAACGCGUUGAUUGGGCCAAUGGUGGUGCCAAGGAUGCGAUGAAAUUGGACAGUGCUGCCCGAGGGCACUUCCGUCAAGAGGUCUGGCGGUAUAAUCCCCUGAUGCUAUUUGCCAAGGAGGUUAGCAUGGCAGAAUGGCGUAGCCUUGUCGGCCUCUAUGAACAGCAGUCCAAGUCUUCUUACCAGGGCGACUUCCGCGACAAUAAUCUGGCUUGGAAGCAGACCGCGCACAAACCAACGGGAGAUGAGCAGGAACUCCUCUUCACGCACCAAGAGAAGGAAAAAGAGACUGAGGGUCUCACCAUGGCUGCACGGAAACUGACUGUGCGACGAGGCAAGACGGUGCGGGCUGCCGCUGGGCUUCGAUUGGCUUCCGGUGGCCAGAAGAAGCAAGGAAAGGCUGAGCCAUCUGAGGCAUUCGCUGGGACUCUGCGGGAGACACUGAAAAUGAUGGCUCAGGAGCAGAACUUCAUCAUCCAGUUCUUCCAUCUCAAUUCUCUUGCCAGCGCCGAUUUCCCCGACUUGGUUUCAGCGGCCAUUCCCGAAAACCGCACUUGUCCCGAUUUCUCUGCCAACCAGCCGCAUGAUCCUGAUCGGGGAAUGGCAAAGAGAGUCGAGCAGAUCAUGGAUGAAGUCUACUCAUUCUGGCCGAAUGACAUGCAGAGCUUGGUGGACUGGGCAAUGCAGGCUGAUCCUCUCCAAGGAAUUGGUAUCCUCCAUGCCUUGGAGACCGCCAUGAAUGACUUUGAUGACACGAAUCAAGAGUUCAUUCUUCAUGCAUUGCAGAAAAUUCAUUCCCGCCUCAUGGGACUGUUCAACCGAUUUGUAGAUGAGCAAAUCCGAGGCAUUGAGGACACCAAGGUCAAGGUGAACAAGCGGAAGGGAGUGAUUUCCUUCAUGCGGGUGUUCCCCAACUUCUCCAAUGCGGUGGAAAGCUUGCUGUCAUCCCCGUCCGGCUCCUUCUGUGAUAUUCGCGUCAGUGUUAAUGACGCGUACGACCGCAUCAACCGUGCGAUGUGGGAGUCACUCAAAUUCAUUGCCAAGGAAGCACCCGGCCAACCUCCGGGUGCCACUGCGGGUGCUGGAGAUCCUGAAGACAAGGAGAUCCUGAACUACCACAUCCUUCUCAUUGAGAACAUGAACCACUACAUCGAGGAAGUAGAUGUGCACAACAUCCCCGCACUUGAACGCUGGACAGACCGGGCCCACCAAGACUUCCAGGAGCACAUGAAGCUUUACCUCGACGCGGUCAUUCACCGCCCACUAGGCAAACUGAUUGAUUUCGUGCAGUCAAUUGACAGCCUCCUCGCUGCAGGCGGUAACCCCACCGACAUCGCAGCCCGCGCCAGCCACUCCCGCGUGGUGGCUAAGAAGGUUAUGACUUCCUAUGACAACAAGGAAAUCCGCCGUGGCAUCGAAAUGCUCAAGAAGCGUGUCGAGAAGCACUUUGGUGAUGCCGAUGACCCUGGUCUUAGUCGCAGUCUUGUUCUCAAGGUGCUCCGGGAGUGCGAGAACCGUUAUGAGACUACUUAUGACCGCACCCGGCAGAUUAUCGAAGAUGUCUAUGAGGGUCAAUUGGAUCUGGACUGGCGCAAGGAAGAGACCCUUAGCAUGUUCCGGAAAUGA